AUGUGGACCAACGGCAUCAACCAGGCCAAUAAGAUGGCCCUGCGUGCCUGGACGAAAGAAACUGGCAUCAGCCUGGUGCAGAUCAACGGGCAGAGGCGGUAUGGUGGCCCCCCACGAGGCUGGGUGGGCGACCCCCCGCCGGCUGGGACGGAGGUGUUCAUCGGGAAGCUGCCCCAGGACAUGUACGAGAACGUGUUGAUCCCGAUCUUCCAGAGCGUGGGGAAGCUCUACGAGUUUCGCCUCAUGAUGACUUUCAGUGGGCUCAACCGGGGCUUUGCCUACGCCAAGUACAGCAGCCGGCGCGAUGCCAAGGAGGCCAUGGCUGCCUUGAACAACUUCGAGGUGCGGGAGGGCUGCGCCAUCGUGGUGUGCAAGAGCGUGGAGAAGUGCGAGCUGAGCGUGGAUGGCCUGGCCACCUCGGUGAGCCAGCAGGAGCUGGAGGCUGUGCUGCGGCAGGCCACCGAGGGGGUCCUCAGCGUCACCCUGUACACCAGCCCCUGCCAGAAACAGGCCCAGCUCGCUGUGCUGAAAUACGGCUCGCACCAGGCUGCUGCCAAGGCCAAGAAAACCCUGGUGGAAGGGAACGUGAGGCUCGGGAGGGUGGAGAUGAGGGUGGACUGGCUGAAGCCCGAUCUGAAGCAGAAACUGCAGUCAUGCAAGGAGAAGCCGUCGUCCAGCCAGGUGCAAAGGGGCAACUGCCCGGGGGUCCCCAAGCAGCCGCCCCUGUUUCCAGCGCCAAGCAACGUGCUGGACUGCCUGAACGCCCUGUGCCGGAGGCGGUUCCUGGGCACCCCCCUCUUCCUCACCAAGUGCGUCCGGGCGAACCCCGACGGGUGGCUGCAGUUCUGGUGCCGGGUGGUGAUCCCAGGGUGCCCUGUGCCCUUCAGUGGGUUCACGUGGGUCCGGCAGGAUGGGCCAGGCGGGAGCGGGCACGAGAAGGCGAAGGUUGCAGCGGCGCUGCAGGUUCUCUGGAUGCUAGGUGAGUCGUGGCACGGCAUCGCUGCCCACCCCCUGCCUUUCCCAAAGUCUUGGAGCAUCUUCUGGGAGCGUGGAGCUGCGGUGCUUCUAGUGCCUGGGGGGACCCAGCCCGACAGGCAGGGCUGA